AAUUAAAUAAAAAUAUAUAGGUCAACUCUUUGUUUUCAUCUCCAUUGAAGCUUCGGUUCUCGAAGAUUCAUCUUUUAUCUGGAAUUUAUAUGUAUUGGAUUUGCAGGAUUUGACUGUAGAAACAAUGAUCUUCGCUGCUGCUUGUUGAGGUUUUUUCUCAUGUAUCAGGAAUCGUUUUAUAAUUCGAGCGUCCAGGGAGUCGAGUAAGGUCUGCAGAACCAGCUACUGCAUCAUGUAGAAAUACAAUUAUACAAAGCUCUAUUCAAUACAGGAUAGUAGUGACAGUACCAACAUGGCUUUUCGAAUGUCUGGUCCUGAUACAUAUAAGCCUGUUUACAUUAUGGAUUCUUACGAGAGCUACGAGAAGUAUUUCUUUGAUUCUCCUAGGGAUGAGCUUAUACAUUCAUCUAGUUCGGGAAAUUCCGGAAGUUCGAUUCCGUCUUACCAGAUAAGAGAUUGCUUGGAAAUCCAAAGCCCGGAUACACUAGACUCUGACCCGGAUAUGAUGAAAUUGAAGCUUCAAGAAUUGGAGAGAGCUCUGCUAGCUGAUAAUGCCGUUGAUGGCGAUUAUGACAUGUUCGGCACUGGUCUAAGAAUGGAAGUAGAAGGUGAAUGGUUCGAUCCUAUCAGGACAGAUUCACUUCAUGACUCACCAAAGAAGUCAUCAUCCUCGGGUUCUUUUCCUGGUAGCAUUAGCAGCAACAAAGAGGUAUUGAAUGUUUCAUCCCGUUCUCCUAAGCAAAGGCUGAUUGAAUGUGCUGCUAUACUCUCAGAAGGCAACAUCGAAGAAGCUUCAGCCAUAAUAAACGAGCUUCGCCAGACAGUCUCAAUUCAAGGGGAUCCUCCCCAGAGAAUCGCGGCCUACAUGGUUGAAGGUCUUGCAGCUCGCAUGGCAGUGUCCGGUAAAUAUCUUUAUAAAGCUUUAAGAUGCAAAGAGCCACCUUCUUCUGAUAGGCUUGCAGCCAUGCAAAUUCUCUUUGAAGUGUGCCCCUGUUUCAAGUUUGGAUUUAUGGCAGCAAAUGGUGCAAUUAUUGAGGCAUUUAAAGAUGAAAAAAUAGUACAUAUAAUAGAUUUCGAUAUAAGUCAAGGUAGUCAGUACGUCGCGCUGAUUCAAACAAUCGCAAAGCAGCCUGGCAAGCCGCCUCUUUUGAGGUUAACUGGAGUUGAUGAUCCUGAGUCGGUUCAACGUCUUAAUGGAGGUCUCGAACUUGUUGGGCUAAGACUGGAGAAGCUAGCAGAAGUACUCGGUGUGACAUCUGAGUUUCGAGCGGUUCCCUCAAAGACUGCUCUUGUUAUUCCAUCUAUGCUGGAUUGCAGGCCAGGGGAAGCACUUAUAGUGAACUUUGCAUUCCAACUCCACCACAUGCCCGACGAGAGUGUUUCAACAAUCAAUGAGCGAGAUCAGCUUCUUCGGAUGGUUAAGAGCAUGAAUCCAAAACUCGUUACUGUCAUUGAGCAAGAUGUAAACACAAACACAACUCCUUUCUUCCCGAGGUUUAUCGAAGCCUACAGUUACUACUCUGCUGUUUUUGACUCCCUGGACGCUACACUUCCCAGGGAGAGCCAGGACCAGAUGAACGUUGAAAGGCAGUGUCUGGCACGGGACAUUGUCAACAUAGUUGCGUGUGAAGGAGAGGAAGGGAUUGAACGAUAUGAAGUUGCUGGAAAAUGGAGGGCAAGGAUGACAAUGGCUGGAUUCAAGUCCUUUCCAAUGAGUUCGGACGUGAUCGAUAUGACCCGGAAGCUUAUCAGGGAGUACUAUGACAGGUACAAGUUGAAGGAGGAUUUGGGUACACUUCAUUUCGGUUGGGAAGACAAGAGCUUGAUUGUUGCUUCAGCAUGGAGUUAGCUUUGAAUGUACAUUAUAGAAACUAUAAAGCUGCUCCAGUAAAAUUUCAGAGUAGGGGUUGCUAACUAAUUAACAUUUUUCUUCUAUAGUAUAUGUUUUCCAUUUGCUGCU